CACAGUCAUCCCCUCGUCGGCACUCCUGAAAAGUUUACGACGAGUAUCACGCUACGUGCUGUUUUCACAUUACACACUAAUAAGAUGCGUUGCUGCGUGGCUGUUUUGUGGGCGUUCUUCGCGACGUGGGCCGUGACGGCGGCCGAGGAACCUCACCACGACGCUGCACCACAGACUGACAACGAACUAGACUUAACAGAUGAAGACAAACGGGCAUGGACGAGCUUACGAGGUGGCUGGGCGAAACGAGGCUGGCAAGACAUGAGCUCCGCAUGGGGCAAGCGCGCAUGGCAAGAUCUCAACUCCGCAUGGGGUAAACGAGCAUGGCAAGACUUAAACUCCGCAUGGGGCAAACGAGCUUGGCAAGAUUUGAACUCAGCUUGGGGCAAGAGAGGAUGGCAAGAUUUAAACUCCGCGUGGGGCAAGCGUAGCGACGACGAAGCCAUGGACAAACGCGCGUGGCAGGAUCUGAACUCGGCUUGGGGCAAACGAGGUUGGCAAGACAUGAGCUCCGCUUGGGGAAAGCGCGCCUGGCAGGACCUGAACUCUGCCUGGGGCAAGCGCGGCUGGAACGACAUGAGCUCGGCCUGGGGCAAGCGCGCGUGGCAGGACCUGAACUCCGCUUGGGGCAAACGUGGCUGGCAAGACAUGAGCUCGGCUUGGGGCAAACGCGCACCGGAAAAAUGGGCAGCUUUCCAUGGCUCUUGGGGCAAGCGGGCGGCCGAACCCGACUAUGAAGAACUUGACGCUGCUAUUGAACAACUGGUACCUAUUCAUCAGAUGGAUGAAGAUCGAAUGGACGCCCCUGAGAAGAAGGCUUGGUCGGCGCUGCACGGAGCGUGGGGCAAGCGACCCGUCAAACAGGCGCAGUUCAACAGCGGAGCGUAUUACUGGAAGAGAGAACCUGGCUGGACGAACUUAAGAGGCAUGUGGGGGAAACGAUCAGCGCCAUUCGAGGAGGCAUUAACCGACGACCAUGAGAGCAGUGCGGCGAGGGACGAGGCCUAAGAUAAACGGAAAACUGUAUAAUAAUAAAAAACCAUAUCUAUAAGUAAUAUUUACUGUUUGUCUGUAUUAUAAUAAUCGCGCUAUACGACUUGUAAUAUGCUCUAGACUAUUUAGAUUUAUUUAAUUACUGUAGUAUUGUUGACUCACUGUCUGUGCAUAUUGGAAUUAAAAUAAUUUCAACUAAAUAGUUUAAAAAAAUACUAACCGGAAUAUUAUAUUUUUUUCUUUUUAUUUCACACAUUUUUAAAGUUCGAAUUCUUUUAUAUUCCAAUGUAAACAGACACUGGCCAGCAACAUUCGAUAUUCAAUUUUGUAAUUUUUUACUUUCAAUCUCUCGGGAAUUCUGUAACGGUUACUGUUCCUAUUGAAUGUUUUAUCUUACGGGGAUAUAACAACAAAAACCCUAGUCUUUCGUAUUAAAAUUCGUACAAACUGUUACGUCACCUUCUAGUUGUGUAAGCCAUAGAGGCCCCGGCCACUGUAACUAUACCUAUAAGUGUAUUUUAUUAGAAUUCAUGUACAUUGUACUUGGCUUCGCAGUACGCGCAUGCCCAAUAAAGGUUUAUUCGGAAG